GGCGGCCUGAACACGCGGUGCAACCUCCGCCGCUGCCGCUGCUCCCGCGGCCCCUCCGGGCGGGCGGGACGGUGAGCGGAUCCCCUCCCCCCCCCCCCCCCCCCCCCCCCCCCGCCCCGGUCACGGCGGGGCGGCUGGUGGGGCUGGGCCGGCGCCUGGCCGCCAUGGGCCGCCGCGCGCGCGACCGCCGGCGGCAGCAGCAGCAGCAGCAGGAGCGGCGGCGGGAGCGGCAGCAGGAGCGGGGCGGCGGCGGCGGCGGCGACGAGCAGGCGGGCUGGGCCGGCGGCUACCCCGAGAUCGUGAAGGAGAACGAGCUGUUCGAGCGGUACUACCGGGAGCUGGGCAUCGUGCCCGCCGGCGAGUGGGACGCCUUCAUGGCGGCGCUGAGGGAGCCGCUGCCCGCCACGCUGCGCAUCACUGGGUACCGCAGCCACGCCAAAGAAAUCCUUCACUGCUUGAAGGAAAAGUACUUCAAGGAGCUGCAGGACCUGGAGGUGGAUGGCCAGAAAGUGGAAAUGCCGCAGUCGCUGAGCUGGUAUCCAGAAGAGUUAGCCUGGCACACGAACUUGAGUAGGAAAAUCUUGCGCAAGUCACCGCAACUUGAAAAGUUCCAUCAGUUUCUGGUCAGCGAGACAGAAUGUGGAAAUAUCAGUCGCCAGGAGGCUGUUAGCAUGAUCCCACCUCUGCUGCUUAAUGUUAAUCCUCAUCACAAGAUUCUAGAUAUGUGUGCUGCACCUGGAUCCAAGACUGCUCAACUCAUUGAAAUGUUGCAUGCAGACAUGAAUGUUCCUUUUCCCAAGGGUUUUGUAAUUGCUAAUGAUGUUGACAACAAGCGCUGCUAUUUGCUGGUUCAUCAGGCUAAGAGGUUAAACAGUCCAUGCAUCAUGGUAGUAAAUCAUGAUGCCUCCAGUAUUCCUAAUCUACAAGUAGAUGUCGAUGGAAGAAAAGAGAUCCUCUUCUACGACAGGAUUUUGUGUGACGUCCCCUGCAGUGGAGAUGGAACCAUGAGGAAAAACAUUGAUGUAUGGAAGAAGUGGACAACACAAAACAGUUUGCAACUCCAUGGAUUGCAGUUAAGAAUUGCAACCCGUGGUGUUGAGCAGCUGGCAGAAGGUGGCAGAAUGGUGUAUUCCACGUGUUCGUUGAAUCCUAUAGAGAAUGAAGCUGUGAUCGCGUCUCUGCUGGAAAAGAGUCAAGGUGCCUUAGAACUUGCUGAUGUCUCAUCUGAGUUGCCAGGUUUGAAGAGGAUGCCAGGAAUUACGAAAUGGAAGGUAAUGCUGAAAGAUGGACAGUGGUUUGAAGAGUGGAAAGAUGUGCCUUCAAAUAGACAAACACAAAUACGUCCCACUAUGUUUCCAGUAAAAGAUGAAGAGAAGCUGAAGGCAAUGCAUCUAGAACGUUGUCUUAGGAUAUUGCCACAUCACCAGAACACAGGAGGUUUCUUUGUGGCUGUGUUAAUAAAAAAAUCUCCAAUGCCAUGGAAUAAACGCCAGCCUAAGGUUCAUCAGAAAUUACCACAACGAACAGGAGAUACUGAAGUGGCAGCAGCUAAUGCAGAUAAUGGUUCUGAAUGUAUUACUGAGGAACCAGCGCUCACUGAAAAUGAUGAGUCUAAGAAAAUGCAAGAAUUGCAGAAUUCAGAUACUGAGCAAAGCAAAAAGGAAGGAGUAUGUGGACCACCACCAUCUAAAAAAAUGAAGUUGUUUGGUUUUAAAGAAGACCCUUUCGUGUUUCUACCUGAAGAUGAUCCAUUGUUCCUUCCUAUCCAGAAAUUUUAUGCUUUGGACCCAUCAUUUCCCAAGAUGACUUUACUAACUCGAACUCAAGAAGGAAAAAAGAGGCAGCUCUACAUGGUUUCUAAGGAGCUAAGGAAUGUGCUUCUGAACAACAGCGAGAAGAUGAAGGUUAUUAACACAGGGAUAAAAGUUUGGUCUCGCAGCAGCGACGGUGAGCAGUUUGGAUGUGCAUUCCGAUUAGCACAAGAGGUCGCGCUGUGUGUGCAAGAAUGGGGAGAGGAAGCAGAAAUUGUGUUGGAGUUGUUCCCCUCCCGCGGCGAGGCGGCUUCUUCCCCAGCGGCAGAGGCGGCAGCGACAGUGGGUGCCCCCUCCAACAGGCAGCAGCGGCUCCUCGCCUUGGCAGGCAGCUACCGCAGGGGCUCCAAAUCCGUGGUUUCAGGGGGCAGCCCCUCGCAGCUCGGCAGCGGCGGCAGCGGUGGCAGCAGUUUGGUUUCCCCGGCAACCGGCAGCAAAACGGGGAUGGCUCCGGCCCCGAGGGCUGCGGGAAGGCCCCGGUGCUCCAGGGGUCAGAACCCGGCACGGUCACUGCUGAGGCUCAGGCUCGAUCCCCAGGCAGGCAGGCAGAGUCCUGGCACCAGGCUCCGUAUCAGGGAAAGUCUGAGGAAGCAUCCGAGCAGGCCUCCCCCUUUUCAUCUGCUGAACUUGGUGCCUUUUAUACCCCAGUGACGCCCUGUCCAGCCAGUGUCACUGUCCAGAGCCAACUGGCACCCAUGAGCCCCAGGUUAGGGCAGUAACUAGCAGGGCAACGCAUAACUUGUUGCCCAUCCUUCCUGCCUUGUACCACACCUGUUGUUUUGCCUUCGUUUGUCCCUGAGCAGCAGGCCUGGUUUUGGUCCCUUAGCUGGGAAUAAUCAGCAGGAGGGCUUUGCUGGAUUAAAAGGCAUUUUGUUUAGACUUACGUGGGGAAGAAGAGGAACCGUUUCCCACCCUAAAGCACAUACUGUUUUUAACAUUUUUCCUUCAUAAAGUUGAGAUUAUGUUUUGAAAUAAUAUUAUUUGUUUA